CUUUUGGAUCCCUAAUAAAAACAAUAACAAUUCCCAUCUUUUAUUGGUAUUACUUGGAUAAAUAAGGAAAUAUGGCAGACUAUUGGGUUUCAAAUGAACGAAAAUAUUGUGAUUUUUGCAAAUGUUGGAUCAGUGAUAAUAAGGCGAGCAUAUCCUUUCAUGAAAAUGGUAAGCGACACAAGCUCAAUGUGGCCAAGCGUAUUACGGACAUUAGCCGUAACAGUGAGAAGGCGGAGCAAGAAAAACGUAAAAUGGAUUUGGAAAUACGUAAAAUGGAAGAAGCUGCCAUGCGUUCCUACGCCAUGGACAUUCAUAGCAAAGGUGACUUAACGGCAAGAUCCAUUAAUGCUGUAAUGGCAGCUGGUGUAGGACCCUCAACUUCCACUAGCAACAGUAGUGGCAAAGUUGAUGCCAAAUACAGACAACAAGAUCCCCUGCGUUUGGCUGGACCCUCAGACGAUGAAGAGGAUGGUCCUCGCGUCUCUGUGGGUGCACAAAAAGUUGAUCAUAGUGCUGUGCCUAAUGCCUCCCUGUGGGUGGAGGGUAAAAACGAUGAGGGUUAUUCUUACUAUUGGAAUGUCAAAACCAAUGAAAGUGUUUGGGAACCACCUAAAGAGGGUUAUCUUUCAUAUGAAGAAUAUCAACGUAUCAAUGAUAUAGCGGUUCAACAACAGGAGCUACAACAAGCUGAAGAAGCCAAAAAGUUUCGAGAGAAUGUCAAUGAAGAGGUGGCCAGAUAUAAUCGUGAAAAACUUAAAGCCUACAAACGACCGCCCUCGAUACAAGAACAAAAGGCCGAAAGGGAAUUGAAACAGAGUUUUAAAACCGAAGAAGAUGCAAAGGCACCGGUGAUGGGCCAAUGGCAAGUGGUGGAAUCAAAGCCUCCUCCUGCCCCUGUAGAUUUGGAAUUGCCUCAGGUCAACAAUCACUAUGUUGCUCCUGUAGUUUCGGAUAUCCCCUAUGAACCCCCAGUUAAACGUUUUAAAGAAAAAACCAUAACGAAUUUGGAUCCUGAAGUUGCGAGUGGAACAUCAACGUUCUUUAAAAAAAGAAAAUUUGCUGCCAAAGGAAAUGCACGUCAACGUUUAGAUGAUGAUUAAUACUAGAGUUAAUGUUAAAUAAAUUUGUACAAAACCAAACCUUUAUCAAUUAUAGCCACCAUUCUCAACUAAUCUAAGGAACCAUACCUACUAUUCUCUACUACA